ACUUUUAACGAUGGAAGCGAUGAAAUUUCUACUGCACAGAAGUACAAAACUGACGUUGAAGGUAUUAUAGACAAACUAAACGUUAUAGAUGAAACCAUUAAUGGAAUUAAUUCCACGCUAGACGAAUUGCUAGAGUUAGGAAAUAAUUGUCAGCUGCAUCGGACCUUUUUAAUCAGCAGUUCUUUGAAUAAUAAAAUUGCAAAAUUCUUAGUAGAGAUUAGGGAACAAAAAGAGAACACAAAAAAAUGCUUCCAAUAUGUAAAAAGAAAUCACCAACAUUUGGCUAAUUUCGUUUCUGAGUUACACAAAACUCAGGGUGGCAUAUUUGAGAAUGUUAACCUGGUGGAUAACACACCGGAUGCAGAUAAGUAUUACCAUGAAUUUAUGGAAAUAGAGCAGGAGGCAACGAAAAUCGUGAAGGAUAUAAAAAAGGAAAUAUACCACUUAAACGAUGAUGUAGACGAACCUGUUUUGGAGAAACGGAUAAAAGACGUGAUCAACACGUAUAACAAAUUGAAGACGAAAAAGGUCCAAAUGGACCAGAGUUAUAAAAAUAUGUAUAUCACUAAAUUGAGGGAAGUCGAGGGAAGCCACGAUCUUUUCAACCAGGUAGCACAAUUGAUUAGAGGCGAAACGGAUAAAAAAGGGAAAGCCCUGUCAGAGAGAGAAAAUAACUUACACAGUAUUUACAAUUUUGUAAAAUUGCACGAAACUGAGCUGCAUAAUCUUUACGCCAAAUACACACCGGAGUAUAUGGAAAAAAUAAAUAAAAUAUUCGACGACAUCAAUGCUAGGAUGAUUGCGGUUGACCUUAAUGAUGAUCACAGCAGUGAAUAUAGCGACGUGAAAAGGCAUGAACACGAGGCCAUGCUUUUAAUGGACGCAACAAAUAAUUUGUCGAAGGAAGUAGAAAUGAUGCAGAACGAAAGUGGCGGCAAAAACGAUGGCAUAAAUGGAGGAAAAAGCCAACUCGUGGAAGAUUACACAAAUACGAUGAGCGAAUUCACGGAGCAGGCUAAGACAGUUGCGAAAAAGAUACACGACUCAAAAGGGGACUACGCAAAUAUGUUUGAUCAUAUAAGGGAGAAUGAAGCCAUGCUGGAAAGAAUUGACCUGAAGAAGAAGGACAUUAAAGAAAUACUUGCGCAUUUAAACAGAAUGAAGGAAUAUUUAUUAAAAAAAUUAUCUGAAGAGGAGAAAUUACAUCAUAUGAGAGAAAAAUUAGAAGAAGUUAACACGAGUACUGACGAAAUUGUAAAAAAAUUCAGGACAUAUGAUCAAAUGGUAGAUAUAUCCCAAAAUAUUGACAUCAAAAAUGUGCAGUCAAAAAGGUACGACUCUGUCGAUGAGAUAGAUAAAGAAAUGAGUUACAUAAAAACUCACAACAAAGAUUUAAUAGACAGCAAAUUUAUAGUGGAAAGGGCACUAGAAAAUGACAAAAGGAAAAAGAGCGAAAUGGCUCAAAUAUUUUCUACAAUUUCGAGAGAUAACUCGAGUAUGUACGAAUAUGCAAAAAGCUUUUUUGAUAGCGUCCUUAAAGAAAUUGAAAAACUAACUCAAAUGAUUAGAAAUAUGGAUAAAUUGAUAAACGAAAAUGAAGCCGUAAUGGAAAAAUUGAAAGAUCAACGAAGGGAGUUACAAAAUGUAGAGAAUGCUUCUACCGAUUUGGGAAAAUUAGAAGAAGUAGACAAAAUGGCACAAACCAAAUCGGAAACAGAGCUAUCAGAAAGAAACGAUAGUAGGAAUGCAAAGGAUGGUGCAACUUAUUCUACACUUAUGGAUGAUAAAGAAACAGAUAGCGUGAACGGAGAAGAGACGAAACAAGAAAAUGUUGUGGUGAAGAAGGGACUACCCCCUCAAACAGACAUUUACACAAGUGUAGUUUUAAAAAAUGACAGAAACGAUCAAAAAUCAGAAAAAAUUGGUGAGAAAAAGUCAAACAAACCAGUAGGCACCGAGGAGAAUAUACAACACAGCAGUUAUUUAAACAAUGAUAAUAGUAACAACGAUAUUGACGUAGGCACCUUGUAUACGCUAGGUGGAUAUAACGCUCCAAAUGAUAAUUAUAACACUAAUGAAUCUGGGGAUGAUAUAAAUGAAGAAGCGAAAAAAAAGAGAAAUGCUGUUUUAUUCGUCUAUGUAGGGGGACUGUUUAGUGCCCUUUUCAUUUGUAUUGGUGCUGUCUUCUAUUUGUUACAUAGAAAAAUUGGCAUAGAGGGGGUCGGAAAAAGCGAUCACGAAAAAAAACCAACCAUUGAGGACACCAAAAUUGAGGUAUUUGAAGAAACAAAUGGUUCAAAACGUAAUGUAAAAGAUGAGGUUAUUGAUGUACCCUUUGUCGAUAUGGAAGAUAAUUUGUAA